AUGAAGGACUUUCUCAUGUUUCAAGCUCUGCUGUUGGCUGUGUUCAUCACGGCCUUUGGGUUUCCCACACGGACACUGGCUCACAAGGAGGAGCAUAUCUAUGAAGAGCCAGACAUGGACCAUAUUCAUGAGGGUUUGGCGAUCGAGGCGUGUGGAGGAGACCUGUAUGAAGAGAUCCCUGUUUACACACAGCUGGAGGGAGCUGAGGCCCCAUAG